UGAAAUAUCUUUCAUCCGCACAGUGUAUUUUUGACUGCGAACCGCGUACGACGUGUGUCUGUGUUGCGUUGCGUUCGAAUAACAUAAAAAAAAGAAAAGAGAAGAAAAGCGAAAAAGCGUUGCCGUCGGUGAAGUUUAUUAUUAUUAUUAUUAUUAUUAUUAUUAUUAUUGCCGUUACCAAUCGCGCGUUUUGCCAUCAAUCACAAACAAAUAAAUAUUAAUAAGAAGAAAUAAAAUCAAAUUAAUUAAAAACAAAAAACCACAAAAACACUUGGAAAUCGCGCGCGUUUUUCCAUUCGCGCCAACAGUUAUACGUUAUUAAUAUACUUGUGUGUUUUUUGAUACCAAAAGAUUGGGAAAAUUAACCAUUUCACGAAAGGCCCAAAUAAUUAACAAUUAUUCGAGGGCCGCGGAGGGAAUUUCUUUAAACGAGGGGAUCCCGCCGAUCCCCCCGCAAACAAGCAAAUCAAACCCCAAAACUACCAGCAAAUUGCCGUCGCAAAAACACAAAAAUAAAUACUAUAGAUUAUUAUUAACAAUAUAAUUUGUUCAUCUCUAGUAACGUAGUAUGUAGAAGCAGCUGUGAUAAAUAGUGCGCAUAUUAUACGAAAAAAAAGCAAAAAGAGUAUACGAAAAAAAGAAAACAAACAACAAAAAGCAACCACAACAACUACUACUAUUCUAAAAAAAUAUUUAAAAAAUUGCAUAAACCAAGGAAAAGGCAAACAAGAAAUCCACAGAGAAAGAGAGAGAGGAAGUUUGAGGAAAACGCCAUGGAUUUAUGACAACAACAAAUGCAACUUAAUAACAAAUGAUGUUGCAGCAACAACAAUACACGAGUAUACCAAGAACAACAACAACAACAACAACUGCAACGGCAACUAACAACAAAUUGUAUACGAUUUUUAUAAACCAAACAAAUUCUAUGUAAAUAAUUAUUAUAACUCAAAAAAGAAAAAAACAAAAAGGAAACAUUCGAAAAAAAACAGAUCUCCCGCUCUAAAAAACAACAACUAACGCGCGCGUAACAACAACAACAGCAACAGCAACAAUACAACAAGUAUACAAACGUAAUAAUAAUACAUAAAAUCUAAACAAAUGUGCCUGUGUUAAAAGAAAAGAAGAAGAAAUAAAUAAGAAGAAAGGAAAGCAAAAAUCCAGAAGCAAAGCAUUCAAAAAGCAGAAGCUUCCAAAAUAAAUGUAAAAAAGUGCAAAAAAAACGAAAAUACAUAAAAAACAAAUUCAAAUUACAAAAACUAAGACAAAGAAAAAGGACUCCAAAACGGGCCAAAAGCCAGUACAGUAGAGCUUCCCCGAAGAGCCAAGCAGCAGCAGCAGCAGCAGCAGUUGAAGCAGCGGCGGGAAGUGGGACGUCGGUCAGUGUGUUGCGCCCCCAUUUGUUGUUCCUACUGUAAAAAGUGGCACAAAUCGGGUUAGACGUCGCUCCCAGAGCAUUAAUGGCUCAGCCCAGGUAUGACGAUGGCCUACACGGCUACGGCAUGGACUCCGGUGCCGCCGCAGCGGCCAUGUAUGAUCCACACGCCGGACACCGGCCGCCCGGACUGCAGGGCCUACCCUCGCACCACUCUCCGCACAUGACGCACGCAGCGGCGGCGGCGGCCACAGUGGGCAUGCACGGCUACCAUUCGGGUGCCGGGGGUCAUGGAACACCUAGUCAUGUAUCGCCGGUCGGUAAUCACCUAAUGGGCGCAAUACCCGAAGUACACAAACGUGAUAAGGAUGCGAUUUAUGAACAUCCGCUAUUCCCGCUCUUGGCGCUGAUCUUUGAGAAGUGCGAAUUGGCCACAUGUACGCCGAGGGAGCCCGGGGUGCAAGGUGGCGAUGUCUGUUCGUCGGAAUCGUUCAACGAGGAUAUUGCAAUGUUCAGUAAACAGAUAAGAUCACAGAAACCCUAUUAUACCGCAGAUCCCGAAGUCGACUCACUGAUGGUGCAAGCAAUACAAGUACUUCGGUUUCACCUUUUAGAAUUAGAAAAAGUACACGAAUUAUGCGAUAACUUCUGUCAUCGAUAUAUAUCGUGUUUAAAGGGUAAAAUGCCAAUAGAUUUAGUGAUCGACGAACGGGACACCACCAAACCACCGGAACUGGGAUCGGCGAACGGAGAAGGUCGCAGCAAUGCCGACUCCACAUCGCACACCGAUGGAGCUAGUACACCAGACGUUCGGCCGCCGAGCUCAUCACUGUCCUACGGCGGCGCAAUGAACGAUGAUGCCCGAUCGCCGGGCGCUGGUAGUACUCCCGGUCCACUGUCACAGCAGCCACCUGCCCUAGAUACAUCAGACCCUGAUGGUAAGUUCUUAUCAUCACUCAAUCCUUCAGAACUAACAUAUGAUGGUCGAUGGUGUCGAAGAGAAUGGUCCUCACCUGCCGAUGCUCGCAAUGCAGACGCCUCCCGGCGAUUGUAUUCCUCAGUCUUCCUCGGUAGUCCUGACAACUUCGGAACGAGUGCAAGCGGUGAUGCCAGCAAUGCCAGCAUAGGAAGUGGUGAGGGCACCGGCGAGGAGGACGACGAUGCGAGCGGCAAAAAGAACCAAAAGAAACGUGGCAUUUUCCCAAAAGUAGCAACCAACAUUUUGAGAGCGUGGCUGUUUCAGCAUUUAACGCAUCCCUACCCAUCCGAGGACCAGAAGAAACAAUUGGCCCAGGACACCGGCCUAACGAUACUGCAAGUGAAUAAUUGGUUCAUCAAUGCGCGGCGGAGAAUCGUCCAGCCAAUGAUCGAUCAAUCGAAUCGUGCAGUCUAUACACCGCAUCCAGGUCCCUCCGGCUAUGGACAUGAUGCCAUGGGCUAUAUGAUGGACAGCCAGGCGCAUAUGAUGCAUCGUCCGCCCGGUGAUCCGGGCUUCCAUCAGGGCUAUCCCCAUUACCCGCCAGCUGAAUAUUAUGGCCAGCACUUGUAAUCCUCGUAAACCGGCCAGGAACCGGUAAUGGAAACCAGAGAGCUCUACGGAAGCGAUCAAG